AUGGCGAACUUAACCACUCCGUUUUUAAAAGGGUCAUCUAUUUUAGAGAAACUUAAAGAUCUCACUUGUUAAUCUAAAGGAUUGCUUAAGAUCUUUUAAUUUGGUAUNUUAUCAACAAUAAGAUGUUUAGGAAUAGCAAUUUAAAUUACGUUUUGCAAUAUAUUGGGUUCUAUUGUAGUGGAUGAAAUACAAACACCAAGAAUAUGGCAAUUGGCUAGAGCAUUGCUUGGAUGUCUAUUUAUUUUAUGGUAUUGGUUUGGUAUUGCUCAUAGAAGUCUAAUAGAGUAAUUGACUAUAUAAUUUUCUUAGUUAUAAUUGUGUUUAAGCUGAUUACUUAAUCCUUUCAAGUAUAGGAUUGAUUUUUGCUGGCGGAUCAUUUUAUUUAGGAAUAUUUGCACUUUCAAACAUGUAAGCUCGUAAAAAUUCUUUGGUUUUAUUUAUUUCUUUUAUUUUUAGGAAGUUUCAAGAUCUGGAUUUAUUUAAGUAUAAUCAAAUAAUCAAAAAUAUGAGUAAGUAUUAAUGAGAAUUAAAUAAAUAACUUUAAUGCAUUGUAUAAUAAGACAAUAUUUAUAGACUGUGGAUUAAUUUAAUUUGGAGUUUAAUUUUCUUUUGAUCUAUUUACUUACAUAAAUUGUUAAAAUUCAAAAGAAUGUAGGAACUAUUAUAAUGCUACAACAUUUUUUUCAGUUAAAUUUAUUAAAUAAAUUGUUAGAUUUUUUAUUUGA